AUGGCAGUGGAUUGCAUCUCCAUGGCCUCCCGCCACCACCCUCACCACCCCUUCAACCAACAAAGUAGCUAUGAUCGACACCCAAGCAUGGGGUCCAGCAUCGGCACCAACAACCCAUAUGCUCGCUACAUGUCUCCAGUUUCAACCUGUUCACGACGGUCUCGCUCCGAGUCUGUCAACUCUGCACCUUCUAUCUGGUAUUCCGGCACACCCGAACAUUAUCCGGUGGAGCCGAGACGCAGAUAUGAUCACUCUGUUCCCCAUCGCCGCAACACUCAGAAGUACUCACGAUACUCUCAACUCGUGCAACCGGAUAUCAUCGACCAGCUGGAUGAUGUGACUUCUUUCUCCUACCACCACGAGGGUCCGUACGACGCGGCCCGGCCGGAACGCAAUACCCUUAGUCAGUACAGUCCGCUGGAAGCUGUUCGAGAGUCAAAUGCCGAGGCCCUCCGGGCCACACCCCGCCACAAGAUUGCCGAUGCCCUGGAUAGUGGCCGUCCAUUGGAUGGAGUUGCGUUUUAUCCUCCUGGAUCCGUGGAUCGCAUGGGUCAGGAGUAUACCUACGAAGAAGGAUCGAACAUGAUGAAUGAUUAUGGUAAUUUCAUGCGUCUUCCUGGCGUGAAAUUUACGGAUGAGGACUUCAAAGAUGAUCCUUUCUACAAUCGCCCUUUGGUGAAUCCGUUCACUGAACUACGCAGAAAGAUCAGUCUACGACUCAAGAAACGCCGCAAGAGUCAGUAA